GAGAUGAACGAUGACAAUUACGUAGCCAUCGAAGACAAGGUCGAGAGUGAAGGCAUGGAGGGCGACGCUGCUCCCUUUUUAUGGCGGAGCUUGGUGCCUCGCUUCAUCCUCACGCUUAUCGGUGCUUUUUGUGGUGGCUUGUGGUCUUAUAGGACGAGUGACGGAAAUUCAACGACGGACAGCGACUGUGAUGGUCACGCUAGUUCAGGC